AUGCAUCGACCAUCUCUCACUCGUCUGGCCCAAUACGGGGGUCUUGCUCUCGCCGAGCUACCCCCGCCAUACUUGGCCCCGUCUCUUCACUUCUCGAUUGCCCGAUCCACCCAAAUCGCAAGCUUCUCUACGAGUCCAGUGGCCGCUGGACGAGAUAUGAACAGAACCCGUGGCGUGUCAGCCAUUCACCGCACUGGUCCGAGAUUCAAGCUCACUGUCUCCAAAUACCCAUUGCCCAAACCCGUCUCUCCCGAGAAAGCUCAGCCGCGACCCCAAACCCCCAAUCACGGACUAUGGGCCUUCUUCCCCCCGACCCACGAGGCACUGGGUAAUCCCGAGACCGAUAUGAACUUCGGCCGUCCAUGGGGUAUCCAAGAGCUUCGUGGGAAGAGCUGGGACGAUCUCCAAAAGCUGUGGUGGGUCUGUUGCAAAGAGCGCAACCGCAUUGCCAGCACAAACAUGGAGAGAGAUCGCCUGAAGAUUGGAUACGGAGAGCACGAAGCUGGCUUGCGGGACGAUGCGAUCCGCAGCACCCAGAGCAGCAUCAAGCAUGUUUUACGUGAGCGCUGGUAUGCUUGGGAGGAGGCUGAACGUCUGUUUAAGAAAGGGGCCCGACCAUCAUCGUUCGUGGAGGAGUUCGUGGAGGAGUCCGAGUCCAAAUAA